GAUACGCCACCAGCGCCUCUCCAUAAACAGCAGCUAUCAUAUUUUCUUCAGCAUAUAUACUCGCACAUCUCAGCCCCCCGAACCGUCGUCUUCUCCUUCUUCUCCUCCUCGUCAGUUCAGGUGCUGAGGAACACGCCGCCAUCAUGUCCGAAAAGAAGAUGUCAGCCAGCCGCCGGCAUCACCUCAAGAGUGUGAUCCUGCACAUCGCCUUCACCUGGCUGGAGCAGGAGAAGGCAGACAUGGCGGUGACCAAGCAGAACCACAUGUCCGAGCACUGCAGCAGGCCCAGCCAGAGCGGGGACCAGGCCACACUCAUGGACACGUGCAAGAAGCUGAACGCUCUCAUCGAGAAGUUGGACGAGGAACGCUACGACCUGGAGGCCAAAGUGAAUAAAACAGACAAAGAGAUUGAAGACCUGAAGUACAAGGUCAUCGACCUGGCGGGCGUCAAGAAGCCAGCCCUGAAGAAGGUGCGCAUGUCCGCAGACGCCAUGUUGAAAGCGCUGCUUGGAUCCAAACACACCGUCAACAUGGAACUCAGAGCCAACCUCAAGCAGGUCAAGAAGGAAGUCAAAGAGGAGCCCUUAGAGGCGGUGGGCGACUGGCGCAAGAACAUUGAAGACAAAGCUGACAGGAAGAAGAUGUUCGAGACUUCCUAAAAGAAUUCACUCUUUUCAUCAAUCUUUUCAUUAAAUCUUGUUUCACUUUCA